UGCAAACAAUCAACAUAAUCAAGAGUAGCAGCUUUAAUGCUGAGCGACAUUUCAUGGAAAAAUGUGAAUAACACGUUAACAUCGCAGUUAAAAUACAACCCGUUUUUUCGUGUCGUUGUGGGAUUUAAAUUUUUUUUCUCUCGAAGUAAUAAGAAAUUGCUUUCAUUGAUAACUACCGCACUGCGCAGUGACGGUUGGGGGAAGUUCUCAAUUGGAGUUGCUGCCCCAGACGCCGGCGGAGUGUCUGCUACAACAAGCGCUGUAAAAAGCUACUUCAGAGCAGACCAUCCACAUUUGCGUGUUUUCACAUCUUUAAAGACAAACAUCAUCAAUUUCUUAUAGUGGGGAAGUAAUUGAAAAGCAUAAAUAUUUUUCUUCUUGUUUCAAAAAUGGCCGCAGCAAUGGUGGAAAUGGACGGAAGUAUAAUGGAGGGUGUGAGUAUUUCACACGAUUAAAAUACACUUUCUACUACAUAUUUUAUCAACAUGACUUGACAUUGAACUUAGAAUAUGUCUUUACUGUGUAUAUUAUGUUUUGUCCUCUUUCAGGGCGGGCAAAUUUUGAGAGUAUCUGCCGCACUGAGUUGCAUCAACGGCGCAUCCAUCAGAAUAAACAAAAUUCGCGCAGGUAGAAGUACACCAGGAUUAAGGUAUUAAUUUCAUAACUCUAUGUCUUGAUAUUAUUGAGUAUGUAGCUAGCUAGAUCACAACAAAAGCCACAUGUCAUCCUACUAAUAAAAUAAAGCUUCAUUCCAGUUGCAGUCUAUAGCCCUGGGGCAAUCCCCGGCGUCCCCAGACAGAAGUUUAGUGAAUCAGAAAACAAAGCAAAGUUGGUUUAAAGGACCUUUCUUUUCCAAGCAGAACGAGCGUCAACUUUAAUCUCUGACAAUCGAUAACUGUUUUACAGCCCAUGGUCUGUAACUUGUCUGUUUUGUUUAAUAUUUAAUGGCAGAUGCCUACCCUCAUAGCUACAUUUUUCAUGUGAUCCUUUGUUGGUAAUGGGCAAGCACAUGGCUGUUGACUUAUCGCUAUCAACAACUGAACUACAAAACUUUUCCCUCAUAGCCUUGUGUUAUUCAGCGCAGAUAAUAUCAUAGCCAACAUUUUGUCAUUAUUCAAGUGAAAUAGUGAAGUAUUUUUCCUUUCAUUGUUAACCCCUACCCCCCCUUCCCCUUUUCACUACUAGACCACAGCAUCUGUCAGGGUUGGAGUUGGUGAGGGACAUUUGUUGUGGAAAUCUUGAGGGAGGCUCAGUGGGAUCCACAGAAGUCACACUCACCCCUGGGAAAAUAAAAGCUGGGAAUCACACCGCAGACCCACAAACGGCAGGGUAAGUCUUGUUAGGCUGCACCACCGUUAUCCCUGACGGCACAUUCAGUGGGAGUAUGGGACAGACAGUUUCUGGUUCCUAAUCUCAGACAAGAAAGACAGAGCUGUGGAUGGCUAUCCAAACACACUUGUUAAAAACCUGACAUGAUACUUGAUACCCAUAUAAACAUUACCCAAAACAAUAUCUAAAAGUAUUUGUAGAGUUUGACAAUUUCACAAAAUAGAAGGAAAGACAUUUUGCCUCAGAAGAUACAAUAUACUUCAGUGUCAAUUUUUACAUGGAAAUCCAUUUUGUGUAUAACGAUGGGGGAUAUUUACAUUUGGGAGUAUGUCUCCUGGGGCGGCAGGUAGCCUAGCGUUUAAGGGCGUUGGGCCAGUAACCAAAAGGUCGCCGGUUUGAAUCCCCCGAGCCGGCAAGGUGGAAAAAUCUGCCGUUCUGCCCUUGAGCAAGGCAGUUAACCCCCAACAACAACUGCUCCCCGGGCACCGAUGAUGUCUAUUUUAGGCAGCCCCCCGCACCUCUUUGAUUCAGAGGGGUUGGGUUUAAUGCAGAAGACCCAUUUCGGUUGAAUGCAUUGAGUUGUACAACUGACUAGUUAUCCCUUUUCCCUUCCCUAUUUAUCGUGUACUUCUAUGUCGCUCUGUUCCAGAAGUGUGGGGCUGCUACUGCAGGUCUCUCUACCCUGUGCCCUGUACGCUGACGGCCCCUCUGAGCUCUGUCUGAAAGGGGGCACCAACGCAGACAUGGCCCCGCAGAUUGACUACACCAUCAAGGUAUGGCUAACCCUAACCUGUGUUGGGAGAGGUACCAGUGGUUGUAAUGUGGGUGUUGUGUUCCUGGGAAAUCAGGUAUUUUAGUUCUCUCAAAUUCUUAAAUGCCCUGUCUAUAGAUAUGCCUGAAGAUGGACUGCUUGGUUUAUGACUGUCACUAAACAUCCUCUUAUUUGCCAUCCUAUUAUUUUUAAGUUAAUGUUUCUUUGUGUUGCUAAAUGCCAUUAGAUGUACUCUAAAGUAAGUUUGACAUUUUCCUCUAGGUAUUCAAGCCCAUUGUGGAGAAGUUUGGUGUACAUUUCAACUGUGACUUGAGAAUGAGGUUAGUAUCGUCCCCCUGUUAGAUUAAUGUUGGUGUGAAAAUACUGUCUGUACCCCAAAAUAUGACAAUACAUGUUCUUGUCUUGAAUAGGGGCUACUACCCCAAAGGUGGAGGUGAGGUGGUGGCGAAGGUAAGCCCAGUGAGCGAGCUGAGCCCUGUCAACAUGACCGAACGAGGAACCAUCUCCAAGAUAUAUGGCAGGUCCUUUGUUGCUGGGGUUUUACCCUAUAAGGUACCAUAACAAGCAAUGACUUUGGGUUAUAGUUGCCUAUCCAUUUUACUUUAAGUUACUGUUAUACAGUGCCUAUAGAAAGUCCACACCAGCUUGAACCUUUUUCACAUCUUGUUGCAUUACAAAGUGGGAUUUAAGUAGAUUUAAUUGUACUUUUUUGUAAUUGAUCUACACAAAAUACUCAAUGUAAAAGUGAAAAGAUAAUUCUACACGUUUUGACAAAUUAAAUAACUAAAAUAUAGUCGUUGCUUAAGUAUUCACCCUUUGUUUAGGCAAGCCUGAAUUAGUUCAGAAGUCAAAUUUGGCUUAACAAAUCACAUAAGUUAUAUGGACUCACUCUGUGGACUCACUCUCUCUCAUCCCUAAUAAAUACGAAAUGAUGCUGUGGAUGAUAUAUUAAACCACCCAGACUCAUCAAAGAUGCAGUCGUCCUUAACUGAGCUACAGGACAGGAAGGAAACUACUUAGGGAUGUCACCAUGAGGCCAUUGGGGAUUUUAAAACCGCUACAGAGUUAAAUGGCUAUGAUGGGAGAAAACUGAGGAUGGAUAAUGACCUGAAUGACAGAGUGAAAAGAAGAAUACAAAUAUACAGAAUAAUACUGAGAAGAAGAAAAAACACGGCAAAGGAAUGUACUUUUUGGCCUAAAUGCAAUGCCUUAUGUUUUGGGUCAAAUCCCACAUCACUCAGUAACUGCCUCCUUAUUUUCAGGCAUGGUGGUGGCUGCAUCAUGGUAUAGGUAUGCUUGACAUAGGCAAAGACUGGGGAGUUUUUCAGGAUGUUUAGAAACGGGAUGGAGAUAAGCCAGCGUUUCCCAUACUCGGUCCUCAGCACCCCAAGGGGUACAUGUUUUUUUUUGUUUUUUUUUUUCUCCCAACACUGCACAGCUGAUUUAUAUUUUAAAUGCUUGAUGAUUAGUUGAUUGUUUGAAUCAGCUGUGGUGCUAGGGCAAAAACCAAAAUGUGCACCCUUUGGGGUCCUGAGGACCGAGUUUGUGAAACCCUGAGCUAAGCACAGGCAAAAUCCUAGAAAACCUGCUUCAGUCUGCUUUACACCAGACACUGGGAAAGGAAUUCACCUUUCAGCAGGACAAUAACCUAAAACAUAAAUCCAAAUCUACACUGGAGUUGCUUACCAAGAAGACAGUGAAUGUUCCUGAGUGGCCAAGUUAGUUUUCACUUAAAUCUGCUUGAAAAUCUAUGGCAAGACUUGAAAAUUGUGAAGUGCAAGCGCUGAUUCAGGAAAGUUGUUUUAUUGUAUUAUUUAAAAAAAUUUGGGGGGGUGCCAGGAGAAGAGCUUGGACUGGACUGAGCGGGAGCUGCCAAGAGACCAGAGGUGGCAUUACGGAGUUGGGUUGGGGUGUAGUGUUUGAGCAUAGCCUGGAGGUAGGGAGGCGCAGUUCCUCUUGCUGCUCCGUAUGCAAGCACCAUGGUCUUGUAGUGAAUGCAAGCUUCGACUGGAUGCCAGUGGAGUGUGCGGCGGAGCGGGGUGACAUGCGAAAACUUGGGAAGGUUGAAAACCUGGUGGGCUGCAACAUUCUGGAUAAGUUGCAGCGGUUUGACGGCAUAAGAGGGGAGCCCAGCCAACAGCGAGUUGCAGUUGUCCAGACGGGAGAUGACAAGUGCCUGGAUUAGGACCUGCGCUGCUUCCUGUGUGAGGUAGGGUCAUACUCUACAGGUGUUGUAGAGAAUUAACUUGCAGGAGCGUGUCACUGCUUUGAUGUUUGCAGAGAACGACAGUGUUGUCCAGGGUCACGUAAAGGUUCUUUGCACUCUGGGAGGGCGACACUGUGGAGUUGUCAACCGUGGUGGAGAGAUCUUUGAGUGGGCAGGCCUUCCCCGGGAGUAAGAGCAGCUCUGUCUUGUUGAGCUUGAGGUGGUGGGUCGACAUCCAAGCAGAGAUUUCUGCCAGGCACGCAGAGAUGCGUGUCGCCACCUGGGUGUCAGAAAGGGGAUAGGAGAAAAGUAGUUGUGUCAUCCGCAAAGCAAUGAUAGGAGAGACCAUGUGAGAAUAUGACAGAGCCGAGUGACUUGGUGUAUAGAGAGAAGUGGCAAGGGCCUAGAACUGAGCCCUGGGGACACCAGUAGUGAGAGUAUGUGGUGCAGACACAGAUCCUCUCCACGUCACCUGGUAAGAGCGGCCUGACAGGUAGGAUGCAAUCCAAGAGUGUGCAGAGCCUGAGACGCCCAGCCCUGAGAGGGUGAAGAGGAGGAUCUGAUGGUUCACGGUGUCGAAGGCAGCGGAUAGAUCUAGGAGGUUGAGAACAGAGGAGAGAGAGUCAGCUUUGGCAUUGCGGAGAGCCUCCGUGACACAGAGAAGAAUAGUCUCGGUUGAGUGACCAGUCUUGAAGCCUGACUGGUUAUCAGAGAGUUGAUCAUAGACAGCACGCUCAAGUGCUUUGGAAAGAUUUUUAAAAAGAAGGUAUACAGGUCUGUAGUUUUUGACGUCAGAUGAGUCGAGUGUUAGUUUCUUGAGGAGGAGAGCGACUCCGGCCAUUUUUGAAGUCAGAGGGGUGACUUGAUGAGGGAAGUGAGGAAUGGGAGGAGGUCUCCAGAGAUGGUCUGGAGGAGGGGAGGGGAUCAAGCGGGCAGGUUGUCGGGCAGCCAGACCUCACUAGUCACAGGAUUCCAUCUGGAGAGAAAGGGGAGAAAGAGGUCAAAGCGUAGGGUAGUUCUGUAUUAGUGGGACCAGUGGACUCAAUAGGCUGAGUGAAUGAGUAGCGGAUGUCGUCAACCUUCUUUUCAUUGUGGUUGACAAAGUUGUCGGGGGGGGGGGGGGGGGGGUGAAGGAUUAAAGAGGGAGGAGAAGGUGGAAAAUAGUUUCCUAGGGUUAGAGGCAGAAGCUUGACAUUUUGUGAUAGAAAGUGGCUUUAGCAGUGGAUACAGAGGAAGAAAAGGUUGAGAGGAGGGAGUGACAGGAUGAUGGGUCCUCCGGAAGUUUAGUUUUCCUCCAUUUUCGCUCAGCUGCCCACAACCCUGUUCUGUAAGGUCGCAAUGAGUCACUCAACCACGUAGUGGGAGGGCCAAGCCGGCUGGGAGGAAAGGGGACCGUGCGAGUCAUAGGAUAAGAGAGGAGUGUAGGGUCGAAGAGGCAGAAUCGGGAGGAAGAAGGAUUUAACAGAAGGGAGAGAUGAUAGGAUAGAAGAGGAGAGUGUAGUGGGAGAGUGACGAUUGCGAUGGUGCAUGAUCGGUAGGGUUUCAGGUGCUUUUGGAAGAUGGGCAGGGACUCUGCUGUCUUAGCUUCAUGGGGGAGCUGCUUCCAGCAUUUGGGUGCCAGGUGAAGAGCUUGGACUGCACUGAGCGGAAGCUGACGAGACCAGAGGUGGCAGAACGGAGUACGGAGUUGGGUUGGGGUGUAGCGUUGAAAGGAAAGGGAGACAGAAACGGAAGCGAAGUAGUAAUCAGAGACCUGUAGGGGGGUAGCCGUGAGAUUAGUAGGUAAACAGCCUCUAGUAAAGAUGAGUUCAAGUGUAUUGCCAGCCUUGUGAGUUGGAGGGGAUUGGAAAAGGGUGAGGUCAAAACAGGCAAGGAGGGGAAAGAGAGUUGGAAAGAAAUGAAUCUAAGGCAGACGUCAGGAGGUUGAAGUCGCCAAGUACGAAGAGCGGUGAGCUAUCGUCAGGAAGAAAAAAAAGCUGUAAUCGCUGCCAAAGGUGUUUCCAACAUGUAUGGACUCAAGGGGGUGAAUACCUAUCUAAUCAAGGUAUAUUAGUAUUCUAUUUUUCAUUAAUCGUUACAAAAUGUUUUACAAGUGUCUUCCACUUUGACAUUACAGAUUACAAUGUGUAGAUCGUUAACAAAAAAUUGCAAUUAAAUUAAUUUUUAUCCUACUUUGUAACGCAACAAAAUGUGGUUCAACGGCCGUAGGCUUUCUAUAGGCACUGUACCUGUGUGUGAAAGAUGUUCUCCGGUACUUUUGUAUACUUUUUAGCCAGUAGUUCUAAAAGUAGCAAUCACGAUCCAAAAGUGGUCCCCGAAAAUUGCGUAUUUUGUGAUAUACAGAAAAAAUUAAGAGACCACUGCACAUUCUUAAAUCAGCAUCUCUACAUGUAUGACAGCCAUUCUAUUCCAGUGUCUGUUGAAUUCCAACACAGGCACACCUCAUUCUACUGAAUUAGGUACUGAUUAGGUGAUCACAUGAACCAAAUCUUAUUUAACGAGGAAAAGUAUAAAAACCACUGCUGUGGUCAUCACUAUCCUCUUGCAAUAGGACCAGCUGGAUGGCAAAAACAGUGCUAAUAGAAUCUCAAAAGUAAUAUUAAUAAAAAAAUAACUAUUGACCAUGCCAAAAGAGUUGAAAAGGAACGUUUUGAGUGAGGAAAAUAAGGGGUCAAUUCUGGCUUUACUGGCAGAGGGAUACAGUGAGCGUCAGGUUGCUUCCAUCCUUAAAAUUUCAAAGAUGGCGGUUCAUAAGAACAAGGUCAAGCAGCAGACAUUGGGGACAACAAAGCUACAGACCGGCAGAGGGCGAAAACGACUCUACUGACCGGGAUGACCGCCAACUCAUUCGAAUGUCACUCAACAACCAUAGGAUGACAUCAAGUGACCUACAAAAAGAAUGGCAAACGGCAGCUGGGGUGAAGUGCACGGCGAGGACGGUUCGAAACAGGCUCCUAGGGGCAGGGCUGAAGUCGUGCAAAGCUAGAAAAAAGCCCUUCAUCAAUGAGAAGCAAAGAAGAGCCAGGCUGAGGUUUGCAAAAGGCCAUAAGGAUUGGACCGUAUAGGACUGGAGUAAGGUAAUCUUCUCUGAUGAGUCCAAUUUUCAGCUUUGCCCAACACCUGGGCGUCUAAUGGUUAGACGAAGACCUGGAGAGGCCUACAAGCCACAGUGUCUCGCACCCACUGUAAAAUUUGGUGGAGGAUCGGUGAUGAUCUGGGGGUGCUUCAGCGAGGCUGGAAUCGGGCAGAUUUGUCUUUGUGAAGGACGCAUGAAUCAAGCCACGUACAAGGUUGUCCUGGAAGAAAACUUGCUUCCUUUUGCUCUGACAUUGUUCCCCAACUCUGAGGAUUGGUUUUUCCAGCAGGACAAUGCGCCAUGCCACACAGCCAGGUCAAUCAAGGUGUGGAUGGAGGACCACCAGAUCAAGACCCUGUCAUGGCCAGCCCAAUCUCCAGACCUGAACCCCAUUGAAAACUUCUGGAAUGUGAUCAAGAGGAAGAUGGAUGUUCACAAGCCAUCAAACAAAGCCGAGCUGCUUGAAUUUUUGCGCCAGGAGUGGCGCAAAUUUACCCAACAUCAAUGUGAAAGACUGGUGGAGAGCAUGCCAAUGUUAAAAUAUUACUAUUGUGUUUAAAAAUGAACGUGAACUUAUUUUCUUUGCAUUAUUCGAGGUCUGACAACACUGCAUCUUUUUUGUUAUUUUGACCAGUUGUCAUUUUCUGCAAAUAAAUGCUCUAAAUGACAAUAUUUUUAUUUGGAAUUUGGGAGAAAUGUUGUCAGUAGAUUAUAGAAUAAAACAAAAAAGUCAUUUUUACCCAAACACAUACCUAUAAAUAGUAAAACCAGAGAAACUGAUAAUUUUUCAGUGGUCUCUUAAUUUUUUCCGCAGCUGUAUGUGCACCACGUCAUUGCUCUCUCACUGCUGUGUCCACUGAGCCGUUGGGCCCGCCCUGCAACCUCAUUGGAUAACACUGGGCAGGCCUUUUUGCUAGCUGUCACUCAAAUGCGAGGGGCUGAAGCUCAUUGGCUAGAACUCAAAUUGCUAGGGGGCAGGCCCACAUGGGAGGAAAUGUAGGGUAAUGGCGCGGCUUCAAGAAAAACGUUGCUUUCAAACUAGUUAUUUUGUGGCUAAUUGAGGUAAGAUGUUAUGCAUGUAUGAACUACACAUUGACACAUCCAGCCAAAAGCGGGUGGUAGUCACCAAGGUACCGGAGCAUGUCUUUUAAUGUAGUACUGUAGUAAUUACUUUUAGCCCUACCUACAUGUACAUAUUACCUCAACUACCUUGUACCCCAGCACAUUGACUCCGUACGAGUACUCCUUGUAUAAUCUUUUCUUACUUUGUUGGGAAAGGGCUCGUAAGUAAACAUUUCACAGUAAAGUCUACACCUGUUGUAUUCAGUGCAUGUGACAAAUAAAAUAACAUUUUUAAUUUGGAAUUAGUUGUGGUUUUCAUAAUUACACCAGAGAAAUAGGGAUUGGUCCUUAUUCCACUUGUGUACUUACAAACAACCGACUUACAGUGGGGAAAAAAAGUAUUUAGUCAGCCACCAAUUGUGCAAGUUCUCCCACUUAAAAAGAUGAGAGAGGCCUGUAAUUUUCAUCAUAGGUACACGUCAACUAUGACAGACAAAUUGAGAAAAAAAAUCCAGAAAAUCACAUUGUAGGAUUUUUAAUGAAUUUAUUUGCAAAUUAUGGUGGAAAAUAAGUAUUUGGUCAAUAACAAAAGUUUCUCAAUACUUUGUUAUAUACCCUUUGUUGGCAAUGACACAGGUCAAACGUUUUCUGUAAGUCUUCACAAGGUUUUCACACACUGUUGCUGGUAUUUUGGCCCAUUCCUCCAUGCAGAUCUCCUCUAGAGCAGUGAUGUUUUGGGGCUGUCGCUGGGCAACACAGACUUUCAACUCCCUCCCAAAGAUUUUCUAUGGGGUUGAGAUCUGGAGACUGGCUAGGCCACUCCAGGACCUUGAAAUGCUUCUUACGAAGCCACUCCUUCGUUGCCGGGCGGUGUGUUUGGGAUCAUUGUCAUGCUGAAAGACCCAGCCACGUUUAAUCUUCAAUGCCCUUGCUGAUGGAAGGAGGUUUUCACUCAAAAUCUCACGAUACAUGGCCCCAUUCAUUCUUUCCUUUACACGGAUCAGUCGUCCUGGUCCCUUUGCAGAAAAACAGCCGCAAAGCAUGAUGUUUCCACCCCCGUGCUUCACAGUAGGUAUGGUGUUCUUUGGAUGCAACUCAGCAUUCUUUGUCCUUCAAACACGACGAGUUGAGUUUUUACCAAAAAGUUAUAUUUUGGUUUCAUCUGACCAUAUCACAUUCUCCCAAUCCUCUUCUGGAUCAUCCAAAUGCACUCUAGCAAACUUCAGACGGGCCUGGACAUGUACUGGCUUAAGCAGGGGGACACGUCUGGCACUGCAGGAUUUGAGUCCCUGGCGGCGUAGUGUGUUACUGAUGGUAGGCUUUGUUACUUUGGUCCCAGCUCUCUGCAGGUCAUUCACUAGGUCCCCCUGUGUGGUUUUGGGAUUUUUGCUCACCGUUCUUGUGAUCAUUUUGACCCCACGGGGUGAGAUCUUGCGUGGAGCCCCAGAUCGAGGGAGAUUAUCAGUGGUCUUGUAUGUCUUCCAUUUCCUAAUAAUUGCUCCCACAGUUGAUUUCUUCAAACCAAGCUGCUUACCUAUUGCAGAUUCAGUCUUCCCAGCCUGGUGCAGGUCUACAAUUUUGUUUCUGGUGUCCUUUGACAGCUCUUUGGUCUUGGCCAUAGUGGAGUUUGGAGUGUGACUGUUUGAGGUUGUGGACAGGUGUCUUUUAUACUGAUAACAAGUUCAAACAGGUGCCAUUAAUACAGGUAACGAGUGGAGGACAGAGGAGCCUCUUAAAGAAGAAGUUACAGGUCUGUGAGAGCCAGAAAUCUUGCUUGUUUGUAGGUGACCAAAUACUUAUUUUCCACCAUAAUUUGCAAAUAAAUUCAUUAAAAAUCCUACAAUGUGAUUUUCUGGAUUUUUUUUUCUCAAUUUGUCUGUCAUAGUUGACGUGUACCUAUGAUGGAAAUUACAGGCCUCUCUCAUCUUUUUAAGUGGGAGAACUUGCACAAUUGGUGGCUGACUAAAUACUUUUUUCCCCCACUGUAGAUGUUUCUGAAUAGGUGAAAUCCAUGUGAUGGAGCAGUUUUCUUCACCUGUCCAUCUGCUACCCCUCUGGACUUAAAUGCACAUGAAAAAAUGAAGUAGAUUCUGAGAUCAGAUUUGAGUGAGCUCAAAUACUAAUUUUCUUCCAGCUCGCCAAGGACAUGGCAACGACAGCAACAAGAGUUAUCAGGCGAGAGAUAAAGGACCUUUACAUCAACAUCCAAACACUUGCAGGAGAAGGACAUGGCCUGUGGAAGUGGCAACGGCAUCAUGUGAGCUUAUUUACAUGACAUUAACCAUUGCAUUACCACUCAAUCAAUCAAAUGUAUUUAUAAAGCCCUUUUUAAACCAGCAGAUGUCACAAAGUGCUUAUACAGAAACCCAGCCUAAAACUCCAAACAGCAAGCAAUGCAAAUGUAGAAGCACAGUGGCUAGGAAAAACUUAGGCUAGGAAGAAACCUAGAGGAACCAGGCUCUGAUGGGUGGCCAGUCCUCUUCUCGCUGUGCCAGGUGGAGAUUAUAAGAGUACAUGGCCAUUAAGGCCAGAUCGUUCUUCAAGAAGUUCAAACGUUCAUAGAUGACCAGCAGGGUCAAAUAAGAAUCACUGGUUGUAGAGGGUGCAACAGGUAAGCACCUCGGGCAUAAAUGUCAGUUUGCUUUUCAUAGCCGAGCAUUGAGGUCGAGACAGCAGGUGGGGUAGGGAGAGGGAUGGGCGAAACAGUAGGUCCGGGACAAGGUAGCACCUCUGGUGAACAGGUCAGGUUUUCCAUCGCCUUAGAAACUGGAUCAGAAGCACAACCAGGUGGACUGGGGACAGCCAGGAGUCAUCAGGCCAGAUAGUCCAAGGGUUCAGGUCCUCUGGGAGGGGAGAGAGAGAUGGGAGAAUUAGAGGGACACCAGAUAAAACUGUAAACACUGUCAAAAGAUAUCGAUAGCUGUAUGACCUCAGUAAACCUGUAUCAAUCACAAUCAAUGGUAAUGUUUUCUGUGAAGAUUCUUGUCAAGACAGUUGCACUAGUAGAGGAUAUUGGGUGUAAUCGAACAUCAUUCAUAGGUAGACUGAUGGCUUGCGUAAUGAUUUGUGUCCCUAGUGUGGUGGAUGGACAAUAGAGAAGGCUACUGUACCCAUGGCAGUUCUGUUGAGUCUGUCAUCUUAAAUGCUAUCCACCUCUACCACAUUUUUGAUAUGGUGUCUCGAUUCUCCCCAGAAUCAUCGCAGAGUCUUCCACAGGCUGUAUAUUUGCGGGGUCAGCUCUUGGCAAGAAAGGUGAGAAAUCCACUGUUCUUGUGUACAGACCAAUAUGUACCACUAGUGGGCAACAUUCUACAAAGAAUGCCGAGCAUGUCUAUGUUAUGAUGUGAAACUGUAUAUACGCUUGGAUGGUGAGUGUAUGCAUCUGAAUUAUUUAAAUAUCAAACCGAACUCUAUCCAAUGACCUGGUUUGCACCUCCCCUGUGACUCUCUGGCACCCCCUCGCACACCGAUAACCUCUGGGCCAGUAUUCUCAAAGCUUCUUAGAGUAAGAGAUCUGCUGAUCUGGGAUCAGUUUAGCCUUUUCGAUCAGAAUAGUGUAAGACUCUUAUUCUAGGGAGACCUGAUCCUAGAUCAGCGCUUCUGCUCUUAGACACUACAAAUACGGGCCCAGAUAUAAAAUAAUUAAAAAGUUGACGACAAAUGCUGAGAGGAUUGGCUGUCUAAUACUGGUCCCCCAAUGCCUCAGGUGUGUACCCAGACAAAGUGGGCUUCGAGGCUGCAGAGAUGCUGCUCAGGAAUAUAAGGCACAACGGCUGUGUGGACGAGUUUCUGCAGGACCAGGUUAGUAAUGACACACACACACACACACUCAGGGGUAUUUCACAAAGCAAGCUUAGGUGUCCUCCUGUAAGUAAUCUAGGAUCAUUGUAAGUAACGUGUACUUCCAAAUUCAAGUUAAGAAUAGGUGCUUGACACCACACCUGUCCUUGCCUCACUCUCCAUCUCACAGCAGCCACUUGGACUUGCUCUAUUUGUAGUCAGCUGCUGAACUCUUCAUCUCCCUCUAUCUCUCUCUUUCACUCUCUGGCAGCUCAUCCUCUUCAUGGCCUUGGCCAACGGCACCUCCAGAAUCCGCACUGGCCCAGUCACCCUACACACGAAGACUGCCAUCCAUGUGGCAGAGCAGCUCACCCAGGUGGGUCCAAAAACACAGUUUAAUUGAUUUCCAAAGACUCAAUGGGAAAAUUAGUAUACUCAAUCCAUGGUUUUAUAAAGUCAACUUUUUUAGAUCAAAUUCUUUCCUUAUUCCCAGGCUAAGUUUACAGUGACCAAGGCAGAUGACGAGAAUGCCAGCAAUGACACCUACAUCAUCGAGUGCCAAGGAGUGGGCGUCACCAACCCUCAUUUCUAGCCACGCCCAUGUGUCUAACCGCCCCUUUUAUGUUGAAGUCUCCACCUGCAGCCGUGGAUAGAGGUAGAGGCACUGGAGACACUACUGUGAUGUCACUGAACGGUCGGAUGCUGCUUCUAUUUAUAUUAUGAUUUAUUAUGGCCCUUGUGGCGCGAUAUUCAAGCAAAUGAAUUAUUGGUUUACAAACGCACAGCCACAUGACAGUUUCGUCAUCGUUGUCCUUUCCCCCCUAUUGCAUUAACUGUCAUUACCCUCGUAGCUUGUAUAACUCAGGGUAUUAAUGCCUUACACUGUUAUAAUAAAAACAUUAGAUUUCUGCGUAGAAGGGGUGUACGUUUCAGUAGUCUGUUGAAGCGCCUCAGUGCAUACAGGCUUUUAUGGCAAAAAAACAUUGUUCAUGUUCUCUGUCCCUAGUUGAUCAUUGUAGUGCCGUUAUGCAUCGUACGGGGAGGAUUUCUCUAUUUUGGAAGAUAUAUAUAUCUCUUGAACUUGAUUGCUGACAAGCAAAAUGUAGGGACUAUGGCACCAAUGGACUAAUGAAACAAAUACC